AUGAGCGGUUCCCAGGCUGCAACCACAUCUUCAGUUGAGAACAACCCUUGGAGGGGGCUCGUGCCCACACAGGACACUUUGAAUAUUCUCCAGGGCGUUGAUCUUACUUCUUUUGAUGAAUCCCAACAGUCACAUCAGGAACAUGGAAGUUUUUCCGAUGAUCCUUUUGAUUCGCAAGACCUUGUAGGUCUAUGUACCCACUCUGACGCUCCUCCAAACGUUUCCGUGAAAACAGGCACAAAUGGUCUACAAGACAGGCUACCGUCAUCACCACUUUUUGUUAGAGCGGAAUCCCUGCCUCAAGGUCUGCAAAAUGCUCUCCAAAAAUCAAGCACGAUACAAUCAGAACCAAAGUCGAAGUGUUCCUCCCCUCUUCGUCCUACUUCUCCACAGGUCAAGGUUGAGAUGUCUUCUCGAUUAACACUGCUACAAGGGUCUCCACAGAAGAAGAGACCAAGAAUUGAGAGUGCAAGAACUUUCAGCACUGCUGCUGGGCAGGAGUCAACUGCAGAAUCACCACAAAAUCCAAUAAACCACAAUUCCAAUACACACAGCGGUCUUCGAAAAGUGCCACUAUCGAAUCCCACCAUACAGCUAGCUACACAAAAGCCGAUGCACAUAGCAUGGGAGCAAGAUCCUCGCUCCCAGGCCCAAAUUGCUACAAGAGCGAAGAAGGUCGUUCCCUUCAUCUUAUCGCGAGAGCAGAAGUAUGUUAUGGAUUUAGUACUCAAAGGUGAAUCUCUAUUUUUCACAGGGUCUGCAGGUACCGGUAAGUCUGUGUUACUCAAAAAGAUCAUCAAAGAGCUAAAAUCCAAAUAUUCGCCAGACAAGAUCGCCAUCACUGCCUCCACAGGGUUAGCCGCUCAUCAUGUCGGCGGCACAACCGUUCAUAGCUUCUCAGGCAUUGGUUUGGGCAACAGCGACAUAAAUACCCUAUUAAAACAAGUGAAACGCAAUCGUGCAGCGUUACAGCGAUGGAAGAAUAUUAGAGUUUUAAUUAUAGAUGAAAUAUCGAUGAUCGACGGUCGCCUCUUGGACAAACUAGACAAGAUAGCUCGAAAUCUUCGCAGGAAGAAGGAUGUUCCUUUCGGUGGUAUUCAGUUAGUGUUAUCUGGUGACUUUUUCCAGCUCCCGCCGGUCAGUAAGACCCAGUAUAACGCUGAUGGUACAGCACACAAAGACGAUGCGAUGUUUGCGUUUGAAUCCGAUGCUUGGAAUGAGUGCAUUAAAUCCUCAAUUAUUCUAGAAGAGGUGUUUCGUCAGAAAGGUGACGAGAAAUUUAUCGAGAUGCUUAAUGAUAUGAGAAAUGGACUCGUCACUGCGGAAUCUGAGAGGGAAUUUUUGCGUUUAUCCAGACCUCUAUCUUGUCCAGCAGGAAUUGUACCAGCAGAAUUAUAUGCGACUAGAAGUGAGGUUGAUAGAGCCAAUAACCUUCAACUCGCCCGUCUAGAGGGGGAGACAUAUUUAUAUGAAGCCAUUGAUAGUGGGACUCUUUCAUCAACGGUGAAGUCAGCAAUUUUGUCCAACUUUUUGGCACCUCCACGCUUACAUCUCAAGAAAGGCGCCCAAGUUAUGUGCUUGAAGAACUUUGAAGAUGGUCUCGUGAACGGCUCAAUAGGAAAAGUUAUCGAAUUUGUCGACCGAGAUGUGUACAUGGGUCGCGAGAUGAUGGAGCAGCACCCAGAUUUGGAUUACCAAGAAUACAAAGCAAAGCUUCUCAAAAAGAAAAUUGAAGUGUCCUCACUGCUGCCAGUGAAGGGAGAAGAACAAAAUUAUGUCAAAAAGGAAUCCAUGCUUGACAACGUCUUUGAUUUCUUUUAUGAUGAUAAUUACGAUGUUGAAGAUAAGCCGACAGAGGAGAGCAAAGAAAGACUUGACCCGUUUGAGGAAAAUCGCCGUCGCAAGAUAAGGCUAUUGGAAAGACUUGAGAAGCUGUCGAGGAAAGCCAAGUAUCCUUUGGUAAGGUUCACAAAUCCCGACAAUGUUACAACCAGAGAUGUGCUUAUGGAACCCGAGAGGUGGGAGCAUGUAAAUGAGAACGAUGAAGUCUUGGUGUCUCGUUUGCAGCUUCCAUUAAUGCUAGCAUGGGCUUUAUCAAUCCACAAGUCUCAGGGUCUCACUCUAUCACAUGUGAAGGUCAAUUUGGGUCGUAUAUUCGAGUAUGGGCAAGCAUAUGUUGCUCUUUCUAGAGCUGUCUCUCGAGAUUCACUCCAAGUUGUCAAUUUUAGAAGUGAAAGGAUUCGGUCCAACAGGAUAGUCGAAGAUUUCUACAAAACGCUCAUGACUGUAAAUGAACAUAGAAACCGUGGCUAA